AUGGCUCUCCUGUGCUAUAAUAAAGGCUGUGGUGAGAGGUUCGACGCCGACAAAAACAAAGAAGAUGCGUGUCUGUUUCACCCCGGAGUGCCCAUUUUCCAUGAUGCUCUCAAGGGCUGGUCCUGUUGCAGGAAAAGGACGACAGACUUUUCAGAGUUCCUCUCCAUCAAGGGGUGCACCCGUGGGCGCCACAGCAACGAAAAGCCCCCGGAGCCUUUGCGGCCGGAGGUAUCCUCAGACAAAGGUGAAAUGAAACACGGCAACCACCAGGAAAUCAUCUACCGGGGACCCAAGUCAGCCGAGACCCUGCAGAAAGAGAGGCCCAGUUCAGAUGAGGUCAAGACCAAGCUUCCUCAGAAGGUGUCUCCAUCAUUGUCCCAGGUCCUGGAGAAACUAUACAUCAGUAACAAAGCUGAGAGGGAAAAGGAGGAGAAUCAAGUUGUCGUGCAUGGGACCCGAUGCAAGAAUGCUGGGUGCAAAACAAUUUACCAAGGCCCAGAGACAGACUUGGAGGUGUGCACUCAUCACCCUGGAGCACCUGUCUUCCACGAGGGGUAUAAGUACUGGAGUUGCUGCUGUAUACAGACCAUAGACUUCAAUGCCUUCCUGGACCAGAAGGGCUGCAGCACGGGCAAACACCGCUGGUUCCCCAAACAGGACAAGAAGAAGGUGGCGUGUCGAUAUGACUGGCACCAGACAGGCAAAAACGUCGUCGUGACUAUCUACGCCAAAAAUGCAAACCCAGAAUUUUCCUACGUAGAGGCCAGCCGCACAGUGCUGACCUGCCACAUCCAGUUUGAGGAUGACAAGGUCUUCAAAAAGGACUUCCACCUGUGGGGGGUGAUAGAUGUGAAAAAGAGCAAUGUGAACAUGGUCCCGUCCAAAGUGGAGGUCUCCCUGUGCAAGGCCGACGCCGUGGCCUGGGGUAAACUGGAGGACCCCAACUUCAAACCCGAGCCUGAGCCCGCCGACAAUGCCCUGGAAACCAACGAGGCAUACCAGCCAGACUGGGACAUUGAGGACGAUGACAUCAGCGACUCGGACGAGGAAUGGGCGUAUGACACGGCGCCGAAGAAAACAGAGGAGGAGAAGCAGGGAGUGGAAAAGAAAGAGGAGGAGGAGGAAAAGAAGACGGCACAGGAGAACGAUGAGGGAGAGGAGGAAAAUUAUGACUUGCCCCCGCUCGAUGACUAGAGUACUGGUACACCUACAUUUGUCAGCACACUUGG